UCUCGGAACCACAUUAUGUGUAUAGCGAGUCGACAACAUACACAACACCGACGAUAAAAGAAAAAACUACACUUUGAACACCACCUUAUUCUAUGUCAAUAUCACACGAAAUUAUAUCGUCACUCAAGCCAAGAGGAAACCACGAUAUUGUUUAACUAAAACUACCGUGACAAACGCGAAAUAAUUUACAGUCAGCAUGGCUCCGACAUAGCACCAGGAUUGGGCCACGAAUCUAUUGAUCCACGUGUGGGACUGGACACAAAGGCAAUGUCUUCCAUCCUUACCGAUUCGAACUUGAGCCUUGCUUUCCAUAGUAACCAUGACAUCAGCAGGAAGCAAGCUGUGGCAGACCCUCCAGACGUUCCCACUGGAAUGUGGUCUCGGAUACAACACGAUCCGAUCUACAGACAAAAAUUCAUCAACACUUUGUGUUUAUAUGCCUCGUUUCUUGGCAUGAGCUUUGCCAAAGGCCAAAUUGGACCCUCUUUCCUUGACCUACAAGCUAUCAGUGGAGUAGGCCUAAAAGGGGGAUCUGGUAUGCUGACCACAAUGUACAUAGGCUAUAUGGCUGGAGCCAUACUAGGCGGGAUUCUGUACGACAAAUUCAAACGAUCACUCUUAUUGGCCUUCGCCAAGUUUAUAUUAGCUUGUGCUUUAGUGGCCAUACCCUGGUGUUCAAUGUAUUGGCUGAUGGUAAUGGCUUUCUUCUUCCUAGGAGCAACAGUAGGCGCUACCGACGCUAUUUGCAAUGCUGAAAUACAGUUUAUAUGGGGCAAAGAUGGCAGACGUUUCAUGCAGUGUUUACACUUUAUGUAUUCGUUUGGUGUAGCCCUGACGCCCCUCAUUACGAUCGCAUUCCUAGAGGAGGCUCCGGACUCUGUAACGUCAGAAGGACAGUCAAUAUUUCCUCAUCUACAUAAUAACACUGUGCUUAAUUCCACAACAAUCCUUAAUAUAUCUGGAGAAGUGUUUAUAUCUCAUCAAAGCAACACAUCUCAAAAUGGAAGCAGUAUGCCUAAUAAAGAUACUGAAUAUGAAAGAAGUCCUGAAUUAUAUAAAGCAUAUAUAAUAACGAGCUGUGUAAUAAUGACUGUCUUUGUAAUGCAACUAAGCUUUUUCUUUCGUUAUGAUAGAAAAAAAACCACAAUAACAAAGAAAGAAACAGAAAGUGUGACUACAACGAAAUCAAGGCUGCCGUUGUCUAUAAAGAUACAAGCAAUUCUCAACAUGGCAGGUAUUUUGGCACUAAUAUGCGGAAUAGACGAUACACUUGUGUCAUUUUUAGCUACAUUUUGUGUCAAAGAAUUUGGAUGGACUAAAACCGAAGGAUCCUUGCUAACUUCCCUAACCUGUUUCAUCGUUGUGAUUGGAAGGUUCCUUGCAAUCUUUUUGGUUGGUGUUAUGUCACCGGUAACACUAGUAGGACUUCAUAGUGUCAUGACGGCCCUUGUUUUUAUGGGAACUUAUAUAUGUGUUUUGUUUAAAUCUAAUAUAGGCCUCUGGAUAGUAAUGCCAAUAUUCGGUUAUGCCAAAGCUCCGAUUUUCGCGUGUAUCUUUACCUGGACCGAUGAGGUUUUUGUUCCAGUUACAGGAAGAGUUUCGUCCAUGUUUUUUAUCGUUAUCACCGCAAGUAUGGCGCUUAACCCACUGAUCCUUGGCUUUCUCAUGGAAAACUUCUCCAACGUGUGGUUCUGUUACCUCUUCUUUGGUGAAAGUGUACUUCUCGUAUUGUUGUUCUUUACAGCUUUGCUUCUGACAAGACGGGUAAAACGAUUAUACGGUACAAACCACGACACAAUGGCGAUUGAAGUGAAAGUAGCUGAAACUCUUUUAGAAAAAAGGCCUGAUAUUACAAGUCAAUAACAUAUCAGGUAUCUCAAGUUUUAUGUGUCAAAUUACAUUAUUGAGAAAGAAAUGUGUUUCUCACAAAACAUUGUAGGUAGAUAUAGAUCACUCAUGAGUGGUGCAAACAUAUAAAUGUUAACCCGAGGGUCAAUUAAGCAUUAAGUUUUUUUCCAGUAACUUAACUUAAGCAUCUUUGCCCGACGGUUCAGAUUCCACUGUCGGCAUCAUCAAGGAGUGAUUGGCCUAGCUUUCUCACAUACUGAUCGAAUGUAAAAUAUGUUGUUAAGGUGGAGGCAAUGUACGUGCUAUUAUCGAAAUCGAUGAAAUGAGUGCAAAACAUUGAUGACGCUGGUUACUCCACCUAAAAUGGUGACACGAUAUAGCGACGCUUUUAGGAUAAUAGCGCGUGUGUGCUGUCUCCCCCUAGAUAACUUUUCUUUCCUAACAAAACCGAGGAUGCAUUUGUGAUAUGUGAGAGAUCAACCUGUCUUGACAUACCCAGGGAAAACAGUUCAAACGCGUUUUUAUGCUGAAACGUCACCACCGCGUCAUCAAUUUAUGCAGCGUAACAUGUCCAAGGAUAACUUUAGCAGUAAACUUUGCCGAGAUCUAAACUUCAAAACUCGUACCCUGGGGGUACAAUUUCUUUGUCCACAUCAUACAGGAAUGAUGUAUGUUAUUAAUGUUUCCGAGAAUGCACCUGUGCAGUGUGGGAGAAUAGAUGUUAUUUGUAUUGAUUUUGAUUUCCGAUCUUAUACUUAAGAUGCUAUGGCUUAUAUUUCAUUCUAUAUGUGAAGGAACAAUAUAGACGCCAAGGGAUUUGUUAAGAUAUCAAGACAGUUUACAAUGUGUUCGGUAUUGAGGGGGGAAAGUGAGGAAAAAGGGUAAAGUCUUUAAAAUUUUGAUGAUCGACCAGAAGAAAUAAAAUUA